AUGGGGAAACAAAUAACUGGGAGUUGUCAUAAUAGUAUAGAGCCGGAUGAGUCCAAGACUAGAUAUGGUGGCUUCUAUAGGACUCUCAAGCCUUUUCCAGCCAAACAAAAAUUUCCAACUCUGACUGAAGCCAAGGGAGAUGAAGUUUCAUUGAUGGAUACUAGUACCAAGAAAACUCAUGCUAUGUCUGAGAGAAAACACAGUUUAAUCUGUUGUCUUUCAGUAAAGGUAGUGCAGGAUAUUUCAAAUGAUUUCUAUAAAAAUAUUUAUGAGUCAGUGCAAUUAUCAGAAAUGCCUAAAAUUCAUGGAGAAGAUCGGGACUCGGGAGAGGAAAACAACAAAAUUUCGGCCAUGAAAAAGCCCAAAUUAAAGAAAAAUAACCGUUCUGAUCCUGCUGAGCUCUCCCAAGAAAGACCUUCAUCCAGAACGUCUACACCGUCCCCGAGUAAGAAGCCUAGCAAGAGACCAGUAAGGCGCGUCCAAAGCAUGUGGUCCACACUGAAAACAGUUGUUCCUCAUCGGUUAAAGAAUCGUCAUAAGAACGAGCUGAGCUGCAGUGGUCGACUUGGUUCCAGUGACCCGGAUGUUUCUAGCAGCAACUUAGCGUCGUUAGCGAAAACACCAGUUGAUGAUUCUGGGAUUAGAAGUUCAGAGGCCAAACUUUUAAAUGACACGUCCAGUCUAAGUGACCCUAACCUCAACAGACAAGACUUUGUAGGAAACACCAACUGUCAUACAGAAAAGAAAGCUUUAGUGAUUACUACAAGGGAAGACCAAACAGAUAGUGGCCUUGAAAGUAUGGAGAGUACAACAUUGAAACAACGACAGAAUACACUGAGGAAGCACGCAUUUUUCCAGGUUGAUGUCCAUCUUCGGUCUGGCAAGGAUUUGUUGGCUAAAGACUCUUGUGGCACCAGCGAUCCUUACGUCAAAUUCAAGCUUGGAGGACGGCAACUGUACAAGAGUAGAACAAUUCCGAAAACACUUGAUCCGUACUGGGAUGAAUUUUUUUGUCUGCCAGUGGAAGACGUGUUUGAGCCCCUUUACGUCCGUGUCUAUGAUUACGAUUUUGGACUUCAAGAUGACUACAUGGGUUCAGCACAAGUAGAUCUAACUUGUCUGGAAUUGAACAAGCCAACCGAUGUAACACUGCCUUUGACAGAUUCUGGUCUGCCAGAUGAUCCAAAACAAUGGGGAAGCAUUCAACUUACUUUGACGCUCAUCCCAAAGACCCAGAUGGACAAAGAACAGUAUUUUAACAAGGGCUUAAAAGUAACUGCAGAUGCAACACUUAAAAAACAGAAGAUACAGUUAUGGGAUAGUGUGGUGACCAUAGUCUUAGUGGAGGGAAAGAACCUAUUUCCAAUGGAUGAGAAUGGUCUUAGUGACCCCUACGUCAAGUUUAGGCUUGGAAAUGAAAAAUACAGGAGUAAG